CGAUCCUUUCUACUCGUUGACUAGAUGAGUCGAGUAGACGCAAUCUGGUUAGGUUUGCGUCUCAUGCGUGAAAAAUAAUUGGAAGGAUACGAGAUGUCGUUAUCAACGGCGAGACCACUUAUUACGGUCUACACUGACAAGAAUGAAGCAUCAGGUGAUACAAUUUCUCUACCAUCUGUCUUCAAGGCACCAAUUCGUCCUGAUAUUGUAAAUGUUGUCCACCAAUUGAUUGCAACAAACAAAAGACAACCGUAUUGUGUUUCUAAAGAAGCUGGUCAUCAAACUUCUGCUGAAUCAUGGGGUACUGGACGUGCUGUAGCUCGUAUACCUCGUGUACGCGGUGGUGGUACCCACCGUUCUGGUCAGGGUGCUUUUGGCAACAUGUGCCGAGGCGGACGUAUGUUUGCACCUACUAAGCCGUGGCGACGUUGGCAUCAUCGUGUCAAUGUAAAUCAAAAGCGUUACGCUCUCGUUUCUGCCAUCGCUGCUUCUGGUGUUCCUGCACUCGUCCAAUCUAAAGGGCAUAUGAUUCAGGAGGUUCCGGAAUUCCCGCUGGUUGUUUCUGAUAAGAUUCAAGAAUACACGAAAACUAAGCAGGCUGUUAUCUUUUUGAGACGUAUCAAGGCUUGGAAUGAUAUCCAAAAGGUGUAUAAAUCUCAACGUUUUCGUGCUGGUAAAGGUAAAAUGCGUAAUCGCCGACGCAUUCAGCGACGUGGACCUCUGAUUGUAUAUGGUCAAGAUCAGGGCAUCCGUAAAGCAUUCCGCAACAUCCCUGGUAUCUCUCUGAUGAACAUCAACAAAAUGAAUCUGUUGAAGUUGGCACCUGGCGGUCAUGUCGGACGCUUUGUAAUCUGGACGAAGUCUGCUUUUGAGCAAUUGGAUGCUCUUUUCGGAACCUGGCGUAAAGAGUCACAACUUAAGAAAGGAUAUAAUUUGCCAUUCCCUAAAAUGGCCAAUACAGAUUUAUCCAGACUUCUGAAGUCUGAGGAAAUUCGCAAAGUCUUGAGAGCACCUAGGAAGAAGGUGGUGCGUAGAGUAAAGAAACUGAACCCGUUGGCCAACACACGGGCUAUGCUACGUCUCAACCCGUAUGCUGCAGUUCUGAAACGCGCUGCCAUCUUGACUGCGCAAAAACGUCAGCGUGAAAAGGAUUUACUUCUCGCUGAAAAACGAGGCAUAAAAUUGUCAAAGAAACCGUCGACGACGAAGACCGUCGCACUUUUGAAAAGAAGGAAAGAGCAACUGACUAAAUACAAGGCCACUGUGAAAAAGACCACGAAAGCUAAAGCUGACAAAGAUACUACAAAAACCGCUGCGCCUACCAAGCAGCCAACUAAAAAGUAAACAACAAGCGUUGCUAACGUCAACACUGUUGUGACUCAUAAUUUUACCACUGUCUUUAAAUAAAAGGCGAAAAAUUAUAA